AUGGGCUCUGGUGCAUCAUCCGUGAAGGACGCGCAGAAGGCCAUCGCCGAGGCGAGUGUGGAGGACCUCAGUGCGGGUCUGGGAGAGCUGUCCGCUGAGGAGAAGGCUAAGCUCCUCGCCGCACUUCAGGGCGGCUCCGGCGGCGGCGCGGGCCUGGUCGACGUCUCCUCGCUCACGAAGAUCGCCAAGGAUGACCUCGGACUCCUGCCGCAGCCGGCCGCCCCCAAGUAUAAGGGCGCGGUCAUCCAGAUCUACGUGCGGGAUCAGCCCUACGGCGGCGCUGACAAGAGCUCCAACGGCCACCGCUACGACUCCGUUCCUUUUGCCAACGGCAUGAUCAUGGCUGGCAUGAGCUGUCAAUUGAUCCACUACGUUCACCAGGAGCACGAUAAGUUCUUCGAGAUUGCCGCCAAGUUUGACUUCCUCAUCGUCCGCUGCAACCCAGGCCAGAUCAAGGCCGACGGCGGUGACCAGCAGAAGUUCGACGACGCCAUUAUGGGCCUGCGCGCGAAGGGCAUCCAGGCCUGGCCAUCGCCCACCGUGAUGGAGAAGAUGGGCGCCAAGGACGCCCUCUGCAAGAUCGCCAACCUCAACAUCGGCCUCGAGGACACCCUGGCGUACUACGACGAGGAGUCUUUUGCUGCGGGCUUCAAGAAGACCAUGGCCUUCCAGCCGCGCGUGAUCAAGCAGAACCGCGGCUCCGCGGGCGAGGGCAUCUGGAUCAUCAAGCUAAAGGAGGGCAACUACUGCUCGAGCUUCGGCGAGCGCAGCUGCGAGGACAGCGAGAUGCUGGACAUGAUGGAGGCCAACGACAACCACGCGGAGGAGCACACCGUGGGGGAGUUCAUCGAGUUCUGCGUCAACGGCCGCACCGACAAGUCCGGCACGUGGGCGUCCAAGGGCGUGGGGAAGUACUUGGAGGGUGGCAAGGAGGCCGGAGGCCAGCUCGUGGACCAGCGCUUCUGCCCCCGCAUCGUGGAGGGCGAGCUGCGCUACAACUGCAUCGGAGGAGUCCUCGUCGGCAUCAUCCACAAGAAGCCCAAGGAGGGGGGAAUCUCCGCCGUCGGCGGCACGGGCUCCAUCUACACCUACUACGGCCCAGACGAGGUCAAAUUCGCGAACCUCACCAAGAAGUUCCUGACGGACGACCUGCCGCUGGUUAUGCCCGCGCUAGGCCUCGCAGAGGAGCCCAUCCCGCUUUGGUGGACCACUGACUUUAUUCUCGCCUCGCCCGAGGGAACGCCCGCUGAGGAGGAGAAGUGGAUCGUGGGCGAGUUCAACUGCUCGUGCGUCGGCAUCUCCAAGUGCCUCGCGGCGUACUGCAAGGACGACACUCCGGAGGCCAAGUUCACCGACAUCACGGGUGAGGAUAUGGAGGCCGUGAACGAUUACGCGAAGAAGUUGGGCGAGGUUGCCUUGAGUAUUAUGGACAAGGCGAAGGCUUAG